ACAGGGAUAAUAAUGUAUUUGUGGCCUUGGACGUGAAGUAAUUGGUCCCUUGUUGCUGUUAACAUAAGGUCAGGGACUGAUGUUGUAGGAAGCAUGGACGUAAUGAAUGGACAGGCAAGCAAUGUGAAUGUUGCAGCUACUGCUUCUGAGAAAAGUAGCAGCUCUGAAUCAUUAAGUGACAAAGGUUCUGAAUUGAAGAAAAGCUUUGAUGCUGUGGUAUUCGAUGUUCUUAAAGUUACACCAGAAGAGUAUGCGGGUCAGAUAACAUUAAUGGAUGUUCCAGUAUUUAAAGCCAUUCAACCAGAUGAACUUUCAAGUUGUGGAUGGAAUAAAAAGGAAAAAUAUAGUUCUGCACCAAAUGCAGUUGCCUUCACAAGAAGAUUUAAUCAUGUAAGCUUUUGGGUUGUUAGAGAGAUUCUUCAUGCUCAAACAUUAAAAAUUAGAGCAGAAGUUUUGAGCCACUAUAUUAAAACUGCUAAGAAAUUGUAUGAGCUGAAUAACCUCCAUGCACUGAUGGCAGUGGUUUCUGGCUUACAGAGUGCCCCAAUUUUCAGGUUGACUAAAACAUGGGCGUUAUUAAGUCGAAAAGACAAAACUACCUUUGAAAAAUUAGAAUAUGUAAUGAGUAAAGAAGAUAACUACAAAAGGCUCAGAGAUUAUAUAAGUAGCUUAAAGAUGACACCUUGCAUUCCCUAUUUAGGUAUCUAUUUGUCAGAUUUAACUUACAUUGAUUCAGCAUACCCGUCAACUGGCAGCAUUCUAGAAAAUGAGCAAAGAUCAAAUUUAAUGAAUAACAUCCUUAGAAUAAUUUCUGAUUUACAGCAGUCCUGUGAAUAUGAUAUUCCCAUGUUGCCUCAUGUCCAAAAGUAUCUGAACUCUGUUCAGUAUAUAGAAGAACUCCAGAAGUUUGUGGAAGAUGAUAAUUACAAGCUUUCAUUAAAGAUAGAGCCAGGGACAAGCACACCGCGUUCUGCUGCUUCCAGGGAAGAUUUAGUAGGUCCUGAAGUAGGAGCAUCUCCACAGAGUGGAAGAAAAAGUGUAGCAGCUGAAGGAGCCUUGCUACCACAGACACCUCCAUCCCCACGGAAUCUGAUUCCACAUGGCCAUAGGAAGUGCCAUAGCUUGGGUUAUAAUUUCAUUCAUAAAAUGAACACAGCAGAGUUUAAGAGUGCAACGUUCCCAAAUGCAGGGCCAAGACAUCUGUUAGAUGAUAGUGUAAUGGAGCCCCACGCACCAUCUCGAGGCCAAGCUGAAAGUUCUACUCUUUCUAGUGGAAUAUCAAUAGGUAGCAGUGAUGGUUCUGAACUAAGUGAAGAGACUUCCUGGCCUGCUUUUGAAAGUUCUGCAGAAUCAGAAGAUUUGGCAGUACAUUUAUAUCCAGGAGCUGUUACUAUUCAAGGUGUUCUCAGGAGAAAAACUUUGUUAAAAGAAGGCAAAAAGCCUACAGUAGCAUCUUGGACAAAAUAUUGGGCAGCUUUGUGUGGGACACAACUUUUUUACUACGCUGCCAAAUCGCUAAAGGCUACAGAAAGAAAACAUUUCAAAUCAACAUCAAACAAGAACGUGUCUGUGGUAGGAUGGAUGGUGAUGAUGGCUGAUGACCCAGAACAUCCAGAUCUCUUCUUGCUGACUGACUCUGAGAAAGGGAACUCAUAUAAGUUUCAGGCUGGCAGUCGGAUGAAUGCAAUGCUGUGGUUUAAGCAUUUGAGUGCAGCCUGCCAAAGUAACAAACAACAGGUUCCUACAAACUUGAUGACAUUUGAGUAAAAGAAGAAAGGUGAACUGUUGCUCUACAGUGAGAGUGAGGACCUGAAGGAGUGCCAGCUAUAGACUGAUCCUGCGCCACGAAGGAGCCCACAGGUUCCAGCUAAGCCUUUGGAGUUCUGAACCAAAAAGCACUAAUUUCAGGGAAUGAAGUGAGAACAAAUUAGAGUUGCAAAAUGAACUGCCAUUGACCAUGCUUCUUAUCUCUGAAUUGACCUGUGGAUACCACUGCCUUAAAAGAAUGAAAGGAGAACCAACAUGAAACACC